CGGCUGACGUGACGUCAUGUCCGUUUCCCCAUCCGAGCGCAAGGCGACUCCAGCAUGGCUGACACCGGGCUUUUAGAAGCACUCUUACGGCUGCUGGAGAAGGUGGACGGCGGCAUCGAGAGUCAGGAUGUGGCGGCGGAUCUCGGGGUGGAUCAUCAGCUGAUCGUCGGCGCGGUGAAGAGCCUGCAGGCGCUGGGUGAGGUGAUCUCGGCGGAGCAGAAGUCCUCCAAACGCUGGGAGCUGACAGGAGAGGGCUGUGAGAUCGCGGAGCAGGGCAGUCAUGAAGCCCGAGUGUUCAACGCCAUCCCAGACAAGGGUCUGCCGCAGAAUGAACUCAUGCUUACAAUGACGGUUAAGUCAUACUGGAUCACUAAAGGCAGCAGCUUCAGUACCACCAUCACCAAACAAGAGACAGAACUCACUCCAGAGAUGAUCGCCAGUGGAAGCUGGAAGGAGAAGAAGUUCAAGCCGUAUAAUUUCGAGGCGAUGGGUGUCGCUCCAGACUGCGGUCACCUGCACCCUCUCAUGAAGGUCCGGACGCAGUUCAGGCAGAUCUUCCUGGAAAUGGGAUUCACAGAAAUGCCCACCAAUAACUUCAUCGAGAGCUCCUUCUGGAACUUCGAUUCUCUGUUCCAGCCCCAGCAGCACCCAGCAAGAGACCAGCAUGACACCUUCUUCAUCUCGGACCCAGCCCUUGCUCACGAGUUUCCUCAGGACUAUUUGGAGAGAGUGAAGCAGGUUCAUUCUGAAGGAGGUUACGGAUCACAGGGAUACAAAUAUGACUGGAAGAUUGAAGAAGCCCAGAAGAACCUCCUGCGAACACACACCACAGCGGUCAGCGCUCGCAUGCUGUAUAAACUCGCACAGCAGGAGAAGUUCACACCCGUGAAGUACUUUUCCAUCGAUAGAGUUUUCCGUAAUGAAUCUCUGGACGCUACUCACCUGGCGGAGUUUCACCAGAUCGAGGGAGUGGUGGCCGACUACGGCCUUACGCUGGGAAACCUCAUGGGUGUCCUGCACGAGUUCUUUACCAAACUAGGAAUCACAAAAUUGCGCUUCAAGCCUGCGUACAACCCCUACACCGAGCCAAGUAUGGAGGUGUUCAGCUAUCAUGAAGGUCUGAAGAAGUGGGUGGAGGUGGGUAAUUCUGGGGUCUUCAGGCCUGAAAUGCUGCUGCCCAUGGGAUUGCCCGAGGGGGUGUCAGUCAUCGCCUGGGGUCUGUCCUUGGAAAGACCCACCAUGAUCAAAUAUGGAAUCAACAACAUCCGAGAGCUCGUGGGCCACAAAGUGAACCUCCAGAUGGUGUACGACAGCCCAAUAUGUCGACUGGACUCUUAAAUAACCAUCAUACAGCUCAGCAUAUGGAUUCAUUUGUACUCUCACAACUCAACUGCAUUUUUAUUGUUUAUUUAAGCCAUAACACCCUGAACUACACUUUGCUGCUCGGCAUUACUUACGAGGGCCGUGUUGAACAGGCUGACGUCAAAGCAGAGGAAAAGAGUAACGUCUUUACAUUGCCCUUAUUACAACAUCACCGCCUGAUAUAGAAAUCCCUAUUGGCCUCCACUCAAAGCUCCACUUCUGCUUUUAUGUAGGUUAAUUCUUUGGUUUCUGUUACACACACACACACACACACAUUAAUAUAUUUCCAUGACAGCUCUGUAAAAGAACAGCCACCCAGUUUGUUCUCAUAACCCAGAAUGCAAUGGAAACUAUUAAAGUCCUCUUACUGUAGAAAUAUUAAAUAAAAAAUGUUUCAAAUCUCCA